AUGAGUAUAUUGUUUGUUUUUCCAUUUACUAUGGCUCGUAUUGCACAGCCAUUGCUUAUUCGUCAAAUUGUUCUGUACAUUAAAGAUCCAUCAAAAGUACCUUCUUAUGCUGGUUAUCUAUAUGCUAUUACUCUUUGCAUUUCUGCAAACGUACAAGCCAUUUUUCAUCCGCAGAUCUUCUUUCGAAAUACUCGCGUAGGCAUGCGCGUUCGCAAUACAUUAUCAUCUACUAUCUAUAAGCACUUGUUGGUCAUCAAUACAGCAGCUCUUCACAAGACAACUGCUGCACAGACAAUUAAUUUAGUAGCAAAUGAUGCCGGUAAAUUUCAAGAAUUAAGCAUCUUCGCGCAUGCUGCAGUGCACAUAAUUCUGGAAGCUCUUGCAACGUUUGGUCUCGUUUGGUGGAACAUCGGUUUACCGACAUUAUUUGGCUAUACAGUACUGAUUUUAUUAGUGCCUAUACAGCUCAUUUUCAGUAGACAAUUCAGUCGAUACCGAACGGCCACAAUGACAUGUACAGACAAGCGCGUGCAAACGGUCAAUGAAAUUGUCAGCGGAUGUCAAAUUAUCAAAAUGUACAAUUGGGAAAAAGCAAUGGAACAACGAGUACGUAAAACACGCCGACGUGAACUUUCGCACAUUUUCAAAUCUAGCUGCUUGAGAGCUCUUAAUACUGCUCUCGCCUUUGCAGCGUUACCUUUGGUUUCUCUGGCUACAUUUGGUGGCAGUUGGCUAAUGGGUCAAACUUUGCUUCCAGAAAAUAUUUUCGCCACACUAGCCUUCUUCGCUAUGGUUCGAAUUCCACUAACAAUUUUGAUGCCGAUCACGAUCGAAAAGUUUAGCGAAGCUCGUGUUUCUGCAAGAAGGAUCGAUCAGUUUAUGCAACUCGACACGUUGUUGAAUAAACGUGAAAAAGUGGAAAACGAAAACGGGGAUCAUGCAAUCAUAAUGGAAAAUGCAUCAUUUUCCUGGAAAGAUACAUCUUCUUUGUUUUCUCUCAAUCUCAAAAUCAGAAGCGGUAAAUUGGUUGGAGUGAAAGGUGCUAUCGGUGCUGGCAAGUCAACCCUAUUAGCUGCCAUUCUCGGUGAAAUCAAUCUUGUUAGUGGUAAACUACGACUAUAUGUUGAUUCUAUUUCGUACGCUCCACAAUCGUCAUGGAUAUUUGCUGACACUAUUCGAGCUAAUAUUCUUCUUGGCAAACCAAUGGAUGAACAACGCUACAAGAAUGUCAUCAAAGCAUGUUGCCUUGAUAUCGAUCUACAAAAUUUCGGUAAAGUAGGGGAUUUAUUGAUGAUUGGUGAUAAAGGUAUCAAUUUGAGUGGAGGACAAAAAGCUCGAAUAUCGCUUGCUCGCGCUCUUUAUGCUGAUGCUGACUUAUAUUUACUCGACGACCCACUUGCAGCUGUUGAUCCAAAUGUAGCAAAGAAAAUUUUUGAUCAAUGCAUUGGUCCUCGUAGUCUUCUUAGUGGAAAGACUCGAAUAUUGGUUACACAUCAGACACAUUUCUUAGUUGAAACAGAUCAAAUGAUUCUUAUGACGAAUGGUCACAUCGACGAAUUACAUAUUGAACAACGAUCUACAAUUGAGUCAUUGAAUGAUGCAUCAGAAACAGAUACAUCUAACGACAAAGAAACAGAUUGGACACCUAAAACUGCUACAACUGAUAUGAAUUCGAUUAUAAAGAGUGAGACAUCAAUUGAUGGAACAAUUAACUGGAGUGUUUGGCUACAACUGUUUACUUCACCACCUUUACGUUGGUUUGGCUUUUUCCUUAUGAUAAUUUUUAUGCUGGGUAAUGAAGCUCUGUACGAUUUUACAAAUAGUUGGCUCGCUCUGUGGUCUGGUAAAAAUGAAAUCGAACAACGAUCAUCAUUUUAUGCUUACGUCUAUCUUGGAGUUACAUUGGCUACAUUCAUCGUUGCAUUAAUACGCGCCGGCUAUAUCUUCUAUAUCAUGUUGCGUGGUUCGACCUAUUUUCACAAUCGAAUGCUCAAAGGUAUCUUGUAUACUUCAUUACGUUUCUUUGAAAGUAAUCCAAGUGGACGAAUAUUGAAUCGAGCAAGCAAAGAUCAACAAGUGUUAGAUGAAUCGUUACCUGAGGCUUUAAUUGAGACUAUGCAAUAUCUACUAAUGACACUCGGUUCUGUCGCAAUCAUUGGAAUGACCAACCCAUGGGUGCUUUUAAUUCUCAUUCCUUUAGUUCCCACAAUUUUGUGGUUCCGUAGAUUUUACAUGCGUUCGAGUCGUCAACUCAAACGACUCGAGAGUGUAACGCGUAGUCCCAUUUAUGCAUUGUUCUCGUCCUCAUUAGAUGGACUCACUAGUAUUCGUGCGUUUCGUGCUCAAGGUGAUUUUUUAAAUAUGUUCAUGGACAGAAUCGAUAUCAAUUCACGAGCUUACUUCCUUCUGUUUGCCAGCGAACGUUGGUUCGGUCUACGACUCGAUUUUAUGGUAUCCUUACUUACUUUGGUUACUGCUAUUCUUGCAGUAGCGUUGCGCCAUCAAAUCGAUCCAUCGACAGCAGCACUCAGUGUCAGUUAUAGUAUCACUUUAACAGGUCUGUUUCAAUGGGCUAUGCGACAAUCAACCGAAGCUGAAAAUUUCAUGACCAGUGCAGAACGUAUUCAAGAAUAUGGUCAACUAGUGCCAGAAAGUCAUCGGAAUAGUAAUGAAAACAGUGUACACAUUCAAACAGUAGAUGAUUGGCCUUCUCGUGGUAUUAUUGAAUUUAAAGACUACACUUUUCGCUAUCGACCAGAACUCAAUCCUGUACUGAAAAAUCUUAAUCUACGAAUUGAAUCCAAGGAAAAGAUUGGAGUUAUUGGUCGAACAGGUAUGAUUACUUCACUUUGGGAAAUAUAUGUACAGAGCAUUCCCAAUAAGGAGACAGAAAAUCUUUCGGAAAUAGAUACUUAUAGACAAAAGAAAGAUACUGCUACUGAUGCUUCCUCCUAUUAUCGAAAACCCAUGGUUAAAGCUAAUUCUGUUAUGUUUACAUUUCUCUAUUUAUAUCGAACUUCUUGA